AUGAGCACGAACGACGUUAUAUGCAGACACAACUCGACUCUGGGUGGUGGGAUGGCUGGUGCAAUGGAAAACGCGGGUGGUUUCCGAGCAAUUAUGUGCAAAUCAUUGAGACGAGUGGUAGUGGUGUUGAUACGUUGCUGUCAUCCAAGGUAUUUAAUUUGGGGAAUUCAUCCAACGGACCGAGACAAGUAUAUGCAUUUCUGGUACGACUCCUAA